UGCAGUCAACACCGGUGGCUUGCCAUCAAAGAUUUGUGAGUAGUGGCUAACCACUAUCAUCAGGUGGAGGUAGAAGACACGAAUGGGACACGCUAGCCUUUCCAGACGGCCUGAAUGGGAGAAGGAGUGAGCAUGGACAACCUUUUGGAGUUUGGAGGCCUCUGUCCGUCCACCCGGAGGGAAUGGGACACAGGCAGCUGUGUGGAUGAUUUAAUGGAUGAAGAUGAGAAAGACAGAGCAAAAAGGGCGUCCCGUAAUAAAUCCGAGAAGAAGAGAAGGGACCAGUUCAAUGUUCUCAUUAAAGAGCUGUGUACGAUGCUGCAGGGUCAAGGUCACCCCCGCAAGAUGGACAAAUCCACCAUCCUGCAGAGAACCAUUGACUUCCUGCAGAAACAGAAAGAGAUCACGGCGCAAACAGAAUCCUGUGAGGUCCGGCAGGACUGGAAGCCUUCUUUCCUCAGCAACGAGGAAUUCACCCAGUUAAUGCUGGAGGCAUUGGAUGGUUUCCUAAUAGCUCUUACCACAGAUGGGAACAUCAUAUAUGUAUCUGACAGUGUCUCUUCUCUCAUUGGUCAUCUACCGUCAGAUAUGGUGGACCAGAACAUUUUGAACUUCCUGCCAGAACGAGAACAUGGAGAGGUGUAUAAACUUCUGUCAUCACACAUGCUCUUGACAGAGCCCUCUGCUGUGGACCUACUCAACAGCAAUGAGACACACGUAGAGUUCUGCUGUCAUUUAGCAAGGGGAAACAUUGACCCAAAAGAACCACCCACGUACGAAUAUGUCAAAUUUGUUGGAGAUUUCAAGUUUCAUAAUAACGUGCCUCUGUCCUCAUGUAACGGUUAUGAGCUGGCGUUCCCACGCACUCUGCAGUCCUCACUAGAGGAGCAGAUCUGUCUUGUAGCCACAGUGAGACUCGUGACCCCUCAGUUCCUAAAGGAUCUGUGUAACGUGGAGGAUGUGUGUGAUGAAUUCACAUCAAGACACAGCCUGGAAUGGAAAUUUCUCUUCUUAGAUCAUAGGGCCUCUCCUAUCAUUGGGUACCUGCCAUUUGAGGUUUUAGGGACUUCGGGUUAUGAUUACUACCAUGUGGACGACCUGGAGCUGAUUGCUCAGUGUCAUAAACAGUUGAUGCAGUUUGGGAAAGGAAAAUCCUGUUACUAUCGUUUUCUGACUAAAGGGCAGCAGUGGAUCUGGCUACAGACACACUAUUACAUCACAUACCACCAGUGGAACUCCAAACCAGAGUUUAUCGUCUGUACACACAGUGUGGUCAGCUAUGCUGAAGUCCGAGCAGAAAGAAGGAGAGAGAUUGGAUUGGAGGAAAGUUCAUCUGAUAUGGCAACAUCCUCAAUCAAGGGGCAGGAGGUGUUUUUGGACAUGUGUCCUCCUUUAGAAGCUACACGGGAAAGAAUCAGCAGCGCUCGAUCAGUGUCAUCACAAAGUUCUAUAAAAUCAUCACACACAGCGCUGUCUGACUCUGCGUCGAACUCAUCAGUGAGGUACACAGAAGCAUGCACAUCGUCACGGCAGUCUGCUUCCAUUGGUCCUGAGAAGAGUUCCAGCAGAUUGCCACAUAGUGGAUCAAAGACCCUGCUUCAGAGGCAGAGCUCCUCUGAGCCCACGUCACUCUCCCCUUCCUGCAGUCAGCAUUCCACUGUGACACAAUCUCUGUACAGAUUCCAGCAGCCUCAGUUAGGCGUCAUGCAUCAGCUGAAAGAGCAGCUAGAAGAGCGGACACGCAUCCUACAGGCCGACAUCAAAACACAGCAACAAGAGCUGCACGACAUUAAAGAGAAAUUACAAAUUGCUAAUCUACAGAUGUUACUCCAGCAGCCGAUACAGGGAGAAUUUGCCAGUUCUGGUCUGCAGCAGCAGGGUCCAGGCAGGCCGUCCCAACACAGCACCCAGCCCAAACCUCAACACUGUGUUUCGCAUUCAUCACACACACUACUCCGAGAACAGCCUAGUAGCUCAUCUGCUCAGGUACACAUUAAGCACAAUCAGAGACUGGUUCAGACUGGACACAUGCAGGCCGUCAGUGUUCCAAUGCAGACACACACCAGUCUCACCACACCCUUCUAUAGCAACCCAAUGAUGUUCUCACCCAACCACGGACACCGAACCCAACAGGACACACAAUGCCAAAGACUCACACACACAGACUACAGCCAGGAAGGACAGCUACGGAUGCUCCUAAACCAACCAAUGCAGACGCUUGUACCAGACAGCAAUGGGGGGGCCCAGUCUUCCCAAUGCAGCUCAACUAUUCAACAAACCAAAUAUCCUCUGGACCAGCAGAUGAUGGCUCCUUCCUUCCCUGUGCAGCAGGUGAACUGUAAUGCUGUGCUCGUCCCUUCCCCUGUCUUCACCUCACCAAUCAUGAUCCCCCAUAAUAGUUUCAUCACCCAUCAGGCCACGCCCACCUACACGACUCACCUGUCGGCUGCCCCACACAGUUUACCACUACAACAACCUCAGCAGUUCUUUCAGAUGCAGCCUCAGGGUCUGAUUCAGAGUGCUCCCACUCAGGCCUUAUUCCACACCCCUAGCAUUCCACAGCAAAGCACUGUGGGAUAUGUACAGCCACAACAACAACAGCAGCAUCAUCACUCACAGUCGGCAAACCUGUCAGACUACAGAAACAUGCUCCCACGGUAGCCCCGCCACCUGGGAAAAGCCAAGAGGUUGCCAGGAAAGCGCGUUGAGCAUUUAGCUCUGAAAGGCAUGAUGGGAUGGGACUCUCUCGGCUCAGGGGAAGGCUCGUUCCCGAGCCGAACCAAAAUCGAGAAAGCCAAAGUCCCUCUAAGUUCCCAUGACAGCAAAUGAUGGUGAUAAUGGCACAAGGCUCAAGGACUCUGCCUGGCCCUGACUGCACACAGAGGAUGCUGGGAUACGUAGGAGGAGCCGGCAGGCACACAGGGGUCAAGUCAAGCUUUGAUCAAUACGUAAAGGACAGGAAGCCGUGGAGGGUUUUUGGUACUGUAAUAUUACAGUAAUCUGGAUUUUUCAACACAUAAAUAAGACAAAAUCAACAAAUCAAGUAAUGCCUUGACAGAGCGUAAACUCCACUGCGUGUGUUCUGUCCUCAACUGCUUUUAAAAUACAAACUAAAAGAGAAAUCACCCCACAGACAAGAAGAAAAAUACACCGUCAUGAACUGAUUUCAUGCAUCAUAUUUCAUGUGUGUGUGCAGAUGGUAGGAGCUGGGCAUAAUUCAGCGAAGACCCAAAUAUAUUUCAAAAACAUUUGGCUUCCUGUUAUCAUCUGCAGAGCUCGUCGGCAAUCUCCUGUAGUUAUGUUAACGCUAUCGUAAAGAAACUUGAAACACGUUGUAUAUUUAAAAUAUUUAAGAACAAUUUCGCACUAGGGCAAACUUUCCUACCGCUGAGUUCAACUCAAUCCCUGUUACUCUUUGUUUCUCGAUUCACUGUACUGUAUGCAGAGUUUCUCCUCAUAUUCAGUUCGGGAGCAUCGUAUUUCAGUACUUUUUUUUCAUAUUAAGGUUCUGAACAUAGCUGGUCAAGGAGAAGCAUGUUGGCUUCCCUGAUCAAACAGUUCUUUGAGUUUUCAGA